CAAAAGUCUUCCCCUUCUCAUCCAUAGCGUAUAUAUUUUUCUCUUCGAUCGCUUCUCGCGGACCUCUUCUUCUCUCUCUCGAUCUCCACCAUCUCCACCCAGGUUGAAUCCUGUUUCUCGAAUUGGUGCCCCUGAUCGGAAACCCUAAUUGAACUACUGGUUUUGAGAUUUGGUGUAAAUUAUUGAAUUUAGUUGAAAAGAAACGACAUAUAAGGUAGGGGCUGCGUGUCAAUGGCGGCCAAUCAGGAGGGAAUGGAAGGGAGCCAGCCGGUGGAUCUUUCUAAGCACCCGUCUGGUAUCGUGCCAACCCUCCAGAAUAUUGUCUCAACUGUCAACUUGGACUGUAAACUGGAUCUUAAAUCUAUUGCAUUGCAAGCUCGCAAUGCUGAAUAUAAUCCAAAGCGUUUUGCUGCUGUUAUCAUGAGGAUAAGGGAUCCAAAAACUACAGCUUUGAUCUUUGCAUCUGGAAAGAUGGUUUGCACUGGAGCAAAGAGUGAAGAACAAUCUAGGCUUGCAGCUAGGAAGUAUGCUCGUAUUAUCCAGAAGCUUGGGUUUCCCGCAAAAUUUAAGGAUUUCAAGAUUCAGAAUAUUGUUGGCUCCUGUGAUGUGAAAUUCCCCAUCAGACUUGAAGGUUUGGCCUAUUCUCACGGUGCCUUUUCAAGUUAUGAGCCGGAACUGUUUCCAGGUUUAAUAUACCGAAUGAAGCAACCUAAAAUUGUGCUUCUCAUAUUUGUGUCUGGAAAGAUAGUCCUCACAGGAGCAAAGGUACGAGAUGAGACAUACACUGCUUUCGAGAACAUUUACCCUGUCCUUACAGAGUUCAGGAAGAACCAGCAAUGAAAUUGUAGAUGCCCAUUUAUGGGAAUUAUGAUGGGCAUGGUGGAAACAUGAACACUGGAUACUGCUGCGUGCACACAGUGAUGGGGCUUCAAACUUUGAUAACAUAAUCUGAUAAAUGUGAAUUGUGAUUUUCUUGUACGCAAUUACCAAUUGGUUUGUCUGAUCCUGGGAGAUGUUUCAAGGCCACAUGGCACGUGCAGCAGUCCAUUUUUGGAUUUUUUGUUCUUUUUUCUUUGUUUUUAGUAAAAGAAGAUCUUUCCCUACACAUUUGUAAGAACAGAAGCUUUCAAUCUUCUCUUUCUUUUCUUCUUCUUUAUCAGUAAAGGAAGCUGUUUUUCCUUGUGGUUCUCGACUUAAAGAUAACCAAGUGUAUGAUGGAGAAUUAUAAAUAUUUUAUUUUAUUUUUAUUUGGACAUAA